UAUAUAAUGCAUGUAGUAUAGUUAUCUACAUCUGUAAAUUAACUUUGAUCAAUUCUUGCGUCGACCGUCGGUCCGUCACUUCCCCAACAGAACAUUUGCUAUUCUUCUCCCAGAUUUAAGGGAUGUCAGGCCCCCAGUGCUGCGAAAACCCACCAACACUCAGCUCAAGCUGUGGAGAGGGGCAGGUGGAAGAAAUUGGAGGCCUCAAGUCCUACGUUUCUGGACCCUCUGAUUCCAAGCUUGCAGUUGUUCUCAUCUCAGACGUUUUUGGAUUUGAAGCUCCAAAGUUGAGGAAGCUUGCUGACAAAGUCGCAGCUGCUGGAUUCUAUGUGGUUGUUCCUGACUUCUUCUAUGGAGACCCCUACGUACCUGAAAAUGCUGAAAAGCCAAUAUCAGUAUGGUUAAAAGAACAUGGAACGGAUAAAGCAUUUGAAGAUGCAAAACCAGUUAUUGAAGCUCUAAAAAGUAAAGGUGUAUCCAGUAUUGGAGCUGCAGGCUUUUGUAUGGGUGCUAAGGUCGUUGUGGAAUUAGCAAAGCAUGCUUAUAUCCAAGCUGCAGUGAUGCUACAUCCGUCAUUUGUCACUUUGGAUGAUAUCCAGGGGGUUAAGGUUCCAAUUUCAGUACUUGGAGCUGAGAUUGACCAAUUUUCUCCACCAGAACUUGUGAAACAGUUUGAGGGGAUCUUAAAUGCUAAGCCCGAGGUUGAUGGCUUUGUAAAGAUAUUUCCGGGGGUUGCGCACGGUUGGACCAUGAGGUACAAGGAUGAAGAUGAAGAGGAGCUGAAGAAUGCAGAAGAAGCCCACCAGGAUAUGUUGGAUUGGUUUGGUAAGUGUCUUUAGGAAGACUAUAAUAUGUAAUAAUCUGAUGUGUUGUUAUAGCACGUCUCAUGUCAUUGUAAGAGAUGGCUGUGUUGGCUUGAAUAUGAAAGGUUUUUUGAAUACUAGAAUUAUUUGAGACGAUUAUAUGCAAUAAUUUCACUAUUGUAAGAGACAGGAAUGAAUGAAUAAUCCUUAAGUACUGCAAUUAUUGAGAUGGUUGGAAGUUGGAGCCA